AUGUCGGUUUGCGAAAGCGCAGAUAUAGUUGAUGAAAUUUCGGCUGUUGAGCGGGAAGACUCUUCGCCACAGCAGUCGUCUUGUAACGGCUCAGUGAGCACAAAAGACGACCGAUUGCUUUCCUUUCUUAGCGAUAUGCGAGAAGACAUGCAACUUACGCAUAAAUUAUUAGCACAAAUGCUUGCACAAGGCAACACAAGCUCAUCUCAAGGAGAUGAAAAUUUUGGCGGGAAACGCAAAGCCAAGAUGUUUGAGGUCGCCGUUCCCAGCCACGUUAACGCUAAUAAGCGUAGUAAAAACACUCACACAGCUUCAGAGAAAGCAACGAAACAUGCUUCAGAGAAAGCAACAGAUAAUGCUUCAGAGAAAGCGCAAGAACUCGCUUCAAACGAUGAAGUGCAUGAUCAGACUCCAGAUGAGUCAAACAUAGUUGAGGACGACAUAUUAAGCGUCCAUGCCGGAGUAGAUGAGCUAAUCGAUCAAGCCGAACUAGAUUCCGAUGAGAAUGAGGAGGUUGAAGAUCUCCUCGCUGUUAUCAAUGAGUCUUUAAACCCUUCCGAUGAAACUGGGGCCCCUGUUUCAGAACGAUUGGCCAAAUUGGUGAAUGAAAAAUUCACACUUGAUUUUGACUUAGAAAAACGCAAAUCUAUAAUGGAGAACUAUAAGACUCCUAAGAAUUGUGAUCAACUUUUUUCCCCCCGGGUGAACCCUGAGAUUUGGGGGAGAUUGUCGAGUUCUGUAAAAAGAACAGAUAUCAAAUCCUCUGUCUUGCAAGAUAUCUUGCUAAGCGUAUCCUCUGCUAUGGUCAAUACAAUGGAGGCUUUGCUUGAGAGCAGAGGGAAGAAAGCCUUUCCAAAUUAUGAGGCACUUUUGUCUAAUUUGACAGAUUCUAUUGCCCUACUAGGGCAUGUGCACAAAGAGAUAUCAUUUAAUCGCAAAGAUGCACUCCGGUAUCACCUCAAUCCGGAAUUCCGACAAGCAUGCUCCCGGGUUGUUAAGCCUACAAGGUUUUUAUUUGGGGAUGAUCUUUCCAAGACCAUCCAAGAUAUUCGGGCCACAAACAAAGUUGUUAAUACUGUGGCCCAGGGAACUUUUUCCAAUCGAGGGCAGUUGUCCUCUUAUUACUCUGAAUGGGCAAAUUUCACUUCAGACAGCUCAAUACUUGAAACUGUUUCGGGUGAGAAAUUAAAUUUUAUAGAAUUUCCAAUAGCUUCAUCUUACCCAUUAAAUAGCAUAUGUAAAGAACACUACUCAUUAGCUGAUGCGGAAAUUAAAAGCUUACUAGAAAAGAGGGUAAUUAUAGAGUGUUCGCAUGAAGAAGGAGAAUUUAUCUCCCCUGUAUUUACUGUGCCUAAGAAGGAUGGACGAGUCAGAUUGAUACUCAACCUGAAAAAGUUAAACCAGUGUAUACAAAACUACCAUUUUAAAAUGGAAGGCAUUCAAACCAUUAUGAAACUGGUAACUAAAAAUUGCUGGAUGGCUACACUUGACCUAAAAGAUGCUUAUUACAGUGUCAAGGUGGACCCAGCUUACCAAAAAUAUUUAAAGUUUUUCUAUAGAAACAAGUUGUAUAAAUACUUAGCUCUUCCCAAUGGUUUGGCUACAUGCCCUAGAAAAUUUACCAAACUUAUGAAACCACCACUGGCUCAGCUUAGAGAGAGGCAUCAUAUUAUUAGUGGGUACAUUGAUGACUUCUAUUUGCAGGGUCAUACUUAUGCUAGGUGUGCUAAUAAUAUUCUUGAUACUGUAGAAACCUUUGACAGGCUAGGUUUAGUUAUUCACCCAGAAAAGUCUGUUACCUCCCCAUCACAAGAAGUUAUUAUUCUGGGGUUUGUUAUUAACUCUAUAACAAUGACUAUCAGAGUUACAAUCGAGAAGAAGGAAAAAAUAAAGAAGCUUUUGAUUGCCGCUAUUGCAAAUCCUGUAGAUAUUUCUAUAAGGCAGGUAGCUAAGAUUAUUGGUUGCCUUGUCUCUUCUUUACCUGGAGUCCAGUAUGGGGCUUUGUAUUACAGAUACCUUGAAAUGGAUAAAAUAUCAGCUCUUAAAAUAGCAAAAGGAAAUUUUGAUGCCCCCAUGACUAUCUCUGAAGAUGGUCUUGUAGAGUUAAGAUGGUGGGUUACCCAUAUAGAUGAAAGUUUUAAUUAUCUAAUGUCUUUUCCCAUUGAUAUUACCAUAUACUCUGACGCAUCCUUACAGGGAUGGGGAGCCGUACUCGGAGAUACAUCCUCAGGGGGGAGGUGGUCUCCAGAGGAACGUACAAAUCACAUCAAUUAUCUUGAACUUCUGGCAGCAUUUUUUGCCCUAAGAUUGUUUUGCAAUACCAUUCAGAGAAAGCAUGUUAAACUCAUGAUAGAUUACCACAGCAGUAGCAGUAAUUAA